GCGAACCCGUUCACGACUCGUGCUCCUCCACUUGGCCCGCCUCCUCUCUCAUUACGACCCCAGCACUUCUCCGUUCACUCAACGGGACCAGAACCAUGGAGAGUGCUGCUGUUUUCCGUGGGCUUCUGGUGGUCAGCCUGCUGGUCGUCUUGUGUCACAGCCAGACGUCCCGGGAAGUGUCUGCUGAGGACUUGGAAUGGGACAGAAGCGAGCCAGGAACAGACAGAGACUUGGUUGAAGCACUGGAUGUUUUGCUGGGCAGGAUGCAUAAUCGGAUUUCCACAGAGAAGAGAGGAAGCAUCCCGCUGUGCGGAAUGGGCGACCGGUGUGCCAUGAAAUUCGGGCCGCGAAUUGGAAAGCUCUGCGACUGCGGCAGAGGAGCCAACUGCAAUUCUUACCUGCUCAAGUGCAUCUGAACCACUCACAAUUUAAAAUUCAUGUCUGAAGGAAGAAUGAACAUUUGCAAAACCACAAAUCAUCAUUCUGUUGUCGGCAUGCAGUGCCUUCAGUUACUGUAUGGUAUGCACUGUUUAUUUUUUAAUAGAUGUUAGAUAUUCAGCAUUAUUUUGUGGUGUGUACCCUCCAGAUUGUAGCAUAUAAAUGUUUUGCAUUCAAUAAACACAUUUAUCAACAUUGGUUGCUUUUAU